AUGGCAAGCAAGGAAGAAUCAAUCAUCGACGCUACCGAGCCAGCUGUUCCUCGCUCGCUGCCUGUUCCCCUCGACGGGUCGUUCAAGUACGAGUAUGUGCACCGGUUCGUGCCAAAGUCCAACUUUGGCCUCACCUUUGUCGUCAUCCUCGCGUCCAUCGUCGACUCGUUCAGUCAGGGCUACGACGGCUCGCUCAUGGGUUCGCUCAACGCUAUGCCUCCCUAUGUGGAUUACUUUGCAAACACGUCCGAGGCCAUGGCUUCGUUCCGUACGGCGGCGACUUAUAUCGGUGGUAUCGUUGCUCUGUUUCUGAUGCCGUACUAUGCCAACGUGCGCGGUCGUCUUGAGUGCAUGUUUAUCGCCUUCUUGUUUGUUAUCCUCGGUGGCGGUAUCCAGGGUGGCGCGCACAACACCGGCAUGUUCAUCGCGGGCAGAAUCAUCAUCGGUGUCGGCACCGGUAUCGCCGCCGUCUCCGCCAUUCCCUACAUCACCGAGACCUCGACCGACAAGUGGCGUCCGUUCGCGCAGGGCAUGUACUACACCUGCUGGUACGUCGGAACUUUGGUCGCCGCCGGUAUCUGCUACGGAACCGAGGACAUGAACACCAACUGGUCGUGGAGAAUUCCGUCGCUGCUGCAGUGCGCGCCCGCCGUCAUGGCUAUCGGAGUCAUCAUGUUCCUGCCCGCUUCGCCGCGCUGGCUGCUGUACAAGGGUCGUCAUCGUGACGCGUACGAGGUUUUCACGAUCCUGUACGGAAACGGCGAUCCCGCCAACGAGGAAGUCAAGGCUCACUAUAUUGAGGCUCUUGAGACGAUCGAGUUUGAGCGCAGCUCUGGAAAGCAGAUGGACGUCCGCGGACUGUUCAGCACCUGGGGAAAUUUCAGACGUACUGGUCUCGCCAUGUCGACGUCGGUGAUUACUAUGCUUUCGGGAUCGAACAUUGUCACUUACUACUUCUCGACCAUGUUGGAGCAGGCUGGUGUCACUUCCUCGCACACCCAGCUUGAGAUCAACGUCAUUCUCUCUGCAUUCUGUCUCGUGAUUGCCGUCGUCGGAUCCCACGCUGCGGUGUACAUCGGCCGCAAACCUCUCGUGCUGUGGUCGCUUGGAACGUCGACGAUCUUCCUGUACAUGUUUGGCGGUCUUUCCGCCCGGUACGGCAACUCGGACAACAAGAGCGGGAUCUACGGCACUAUCGCCUGCAUGUUCCUCUUCAACGGCGCGUACUCAUUCGGCCAGACCCCGAUCUCGUCCAUGUACCCUGCCGAAGUGCUUUCCUACUCGAUGCGCUCAGCCGGUACCGGAGUGACCUUUGUCGUCGCCAAAGGCUGCGGUCUGCUCGUCACUUUUGCGUUCCCGUACGCGAUGGACAAGCUCGGCUGGAAGAUUUACAUGAUCAACUCGUCGUUCAACGUGCUCUGCUUUAUCUUUGUGUACUUUUGCUGGGUCGAGACGCAUAACAAGACGCUCGAGGAGAUCGACGAGAUGUUUGACGGCAAGACGCACUUUGAGCUUCCUGACGAGCUCGAGAUGCUCGAGAGUCAGAGAGUUGUUUAUGAGCCCAAGUUGUAG